CCUAACCAAGCAACGCUGCACUUCACUACACCACCCCAAACCAACGCUCGCUAGUCACCUACCGGCUACCGCACCGCCGCCGCCGCCGCGCCCAUCUCGCACGCGCAGCACAGGACGCGCGCGAUCCCCUCGCGUCCGGAUCGCCAUGGCCUCCACGGCGUUCGCCGCCGCCAAGUACUUCCCCGCGCACCUCGACUCCUCCCCGCGCAUCGCGCCCCGCCGCGCCGCGCCCACCGCGAGCCUCUCCUUCUCCCCGCUCUCCGCCAGCCCGUCGUCCCUGCUCCGCCUCCGGACCCCCUGCCCGUCCGGCCCGGGGGGCAGGCUGCCUCCGCCGCCGCCGCCGCCGCCGCGAUCGUACGGCGGCGGCGGCGGAUCUGGUGGCGACGCCGCGAACUCCGGCGGCGGCCGCCGCGGCGGGGGCAUCCUCGGGCUCUUCCUCGCCGGGUGGGCCGCCCGCGUCGCCGCGGACCCGCAGUUCCCUUUCAAGGUGCUCAUGGAGGAGCUCGUCGGCGUCACCGCAUGCGUGCUGGGCGACAUGGCCUCCCGCCCCAACUUCGGCCUCAACGAGCUGGACUUCGUCUUCUCCACCCUCGUCGUCGGCUCCAUCCUCAACUUCGUCCUCAUGUACCUCCUCGCCCCCACCGCCGCCGCGUCGUCCGCCGCCUCCGCGCUCCCCAGCCACAUGUUCGAGCCCGGCGCCUUCUCGCUCGGCUCCCGCGUCGCCACGCUCGUGUCCAAGGGCGCCACCUUCGCGGUGGUCGGCUUCGCAGCCGGGCUCGCGGGAACCGCGCUCUCCAACGGCCUUAUGGCGAUGCGGAAGCGCAUGGACCCGGCGUUCGAGACGCCCAACAAGCCGCCGCCCACGCUGCUCAACGCGGCCACCUGGGCGCUCCACAUGGCCGGCAGCAGCAACCUGCGGUACCAGACGCUGAAUGGGGUCGAGUACAUGCUCGGCAAGGUCGCACCGGCGCCGGUGUUCAAGGCGUCCGUCGUUGUUCUCCGCUGCUUGAACAACGUGCUUGGUGGGGUGUCCUUCGUGCUGCUUGCUAGGUUGACUGGGGCGCAAAAAUCAGAUAAGCCGGCGACGGUCGCGGAAGAGAAGGAUAGGUUGAUAGCUGUGGGCAAUGCUGCAGCAGAUGCCAUCGGUGAGGCGAGAGAUGGAGAGGAGGGUAAGUAAGUGGUAGAGGAGAGGAACAGUAAGAUGAUGGUGCAUCGUCCCACGCUCUUUUGCAAGAAACCUGUAGAGUUGGUUGGAAUGGAAUAAGGAGUGAGGCUCAACUUCUUUUCUUAAAGUCGGUUUGUGGUUUGUCGCUGUUGAUGAUUACUUCCUC